AUGAAGUUUCGCGAUGGCAUGUGGCUGGUGGCCGAGGGUAUGAGGGUAGAAUAUGCCGAGGAUGUGCACAAUAUCAGGAAAACAGAUAGGGGCCUGAGCUUGCUGUGUCCCACCAAGAAGAUCAUGAGACGAGGUGACACGCUGAACCUCAGCACUCUGACCAUCGACAUCGAGGCCCAGACCGAUGGCAUCAUCUCCGUCGAGACGACCCAUUGGGAUGGUGCUAUCAAUAGGGGGCCACACUUUGAGCUCUUCCCGGGUGGUGAGCAGAAGAUCGAGCCCAAGGUCACUGAGAGCAGCGGCAAGGGGACGACCCUAAGCUCUGGUGCUCUGUCAGCUACGAUUCAUCCGGAUGAGCACACGUUCGACAUUCGCUUCCACAGUGCCGAUGGCUCGAAGGAGCUCACAUCACUCCUCAGCCGCAGCGUCGGCCUCGCGUACAAUCCGGCACCCAGCAACCCCCAACAAACGGGGGACAUGAGGGACUUCAAACACUACAUCUUCACACAAACCAGCUUAGCUGUUGGAGAGUCUGUCCACGGUCUUGGGGAGCGUUUUGGAGCAUUCAACAAAAUUGGCCAGUCUGUGUCUUUAUGGAACGCGGACGGGGGGACGUCAAGCGAUCAAGCGUAUAAGAACGUGUCCUUCUGGCUGAGCUCGCGCGGCUACGGCAUUUUCAUCGACCAUGCUGGCAAGGUGGAUCUCGAGAUUGGCAGUGAGAGAACUACACGUGUGCAGACCAGCAUAGAGGGCCAGCGACUCAAGUGGUACAUCAUCUAUGGGCCAACACCCAAGGAUGUGCUACGCCGGUAUUCAAUUCUCACUGGAAAGCCAGGAACAGUCCCCAGCUGGAGUUUUGGAUUAUGGCUGAGCACAAGCUUCACGACCAACUAUGAUGAGACCACGGUUAGUUCCUUCCUGGAAGGCAUGCGCGACCGCGAUACCCCGGUGGACGUCUUCCAUUAUGACUGCUUCUGGAUGAAGGCAUUUACAUGGACGGAUUUCGUCUUUGAUUCUGAGAAAUUUCCUGACCCGAAAGGUCAAAUAGCCCGCCUGAAAGCAUCCGGCUUGUGUAAGAAGGUAUGUGUGUGGAUCAACCCGUACAUUGCGCAAUAUGGCGCAGCCUUCAAGGAGGCAGCCGAGAAGGGGUAUCUCCUCAAGCGCAAGAACGGCGACAUUUUCCAAUGGGACAUGUGGCAGGCGGGCAUGGGCAUUGUCGACUUCACGAACCCGGCUGCAGUCGAGUGGUAUGUCAGCUGCUUGAACGGCUUGUUCGACCAAGGCGUAGACGCCAUCAAGACGGACUUUGGCGAACGCAUUCCGUCUGCCGAUGUAGUCUGGCACGACUCGAGUCUCGACCCGGAGAAGAUGCACAACUAUUACGCCUUCCUAUAUAACAAAGUAGUGUACGAGGCCUUGCAAAAGCGCUACGGAGCCGACGAGGCUGUUUUGUUCGCCAGAAGCGCGUGUGCCGGCACUCAGAGGUUCCCGCUGCAAUGGGGUGGAGAUUGCGAGUCGACGCCCGAGGCCAUGGCCGAAUCGGUGCGCGGUGGACUCUCCCUCGGUCUUUCAGGAUUCGCCUUCUGGUCUGUAGACAUUGGCGGCUUCGAGGGCUAUCCACCACCCUGGAUCUACAAGCGGUGGGUUGCAUUCGGCCUGCUAUGCUCGCACAGCCGUUUGCAUGGUAGCAGCAGCUAUCGGGUGCCGUGGACCAUCGAUGACGACGACAAAACCGACGAGGGGUGCUCCAAGACACUCGCCAGGUGGACAAAGCUGAAGAACAGGCUCAUGCCUUACUUAUACGCACAGGCCAAACAAUCGAUUGCCAACGGUGUGCCACUCAGCUUGCGGGCGAUGUGCCUCGAGUUUCCUGACGACCCUACGAGUUGGUUCCUCGAUCGCCAGUUCAUGAUCGGUGACAGCCUACUCGCAGCGCCGAUCUUCCAGGAGUCUGGCGAGGUGCAAUUCUACUUACCCAAAGGCCGUUGGACGUCGUACUUCACCAAUGAAGUGAAGACUGGCCCGGGAUGGUUUACAGAGAAGCAUGGAUUUGGCACGUUGCCUUUAUAUGUGCGAGAAAACUCGAUCUUGCUGCUCGGCAGCGAGUCUGUAAAGGGCGCUGUGUAUGACUAUGCGGAAGAUCUCGAGGUAUGUCUCUAUGAGGCAAGUGAAGGCGCGAAGGCCUCUCUCGUAGAUAGCACCGGGAAAGAUCUCGGAAAUGUAGAGCUUGGGGGUGACGGUAAGUUGAAAGACGACAGCAUGCUGAAGGGCAGAUGGUCUCUCAGCGAAAAGGGGCGCAAGGUGGAUGAGAACGCCUCGAAGGCAAUUGAAUCUCUCACAUGA